CUCCUCCUCCUCCUCCUCCCACGUCUGGUCGAAGAGAGUGGCUUCCUUGUUUUGGGGGAUGGACCAUAGUCCGUGAAGCCUUCAGCGGAUCGGAGAGGUGUUUUCCCCGGUAGUACAGCGGAGAGAGAGGUGUUUUCCCCGGUAGUACAGCGGAGAGAGAGGAAUAGUCUGAACAAAUGCUAUGCGGAUACACUUUUUAAAAACAAAUGACUUUAACUUGGUAACAAUAUGGAUUAUGUCGUUGUCAAGGGAAUGUGAACGGAUACCGGAGACAGACUCAGACUGGAAGUUUUGAAGGGCCGAUCACGGCGCCUCUAACCCCGGGUCCGGUUUUAUUACCGGCGUCCCAUUUUUCUUCCCCCGGGGGUAGCCCCAUGCAAAACAUAACGGCACCGGGCAGCCCCAAUAACAACUCUGAUGUUAUUUGUUCCUGUAACGGCACCGGUCCCCAGCCGGAGGGAAUGGAGAUAUCUGUACUGGAGUCAGCUCAGAUCCUCUUCAUCCUGGUCCUGAUGACCGUAAUGCUGCUGCUGAUUGGCUGUCUGUUCAACCACUACAAGCUGUCAUCCUGCUCCUUUACAACCAGACAGAGACAGGCCCGGAGGCAAGCACAACACCUACAGCAGGAUCUCUGGCCGUCGGACAGCGGCUCUCGACAAGGUGCCUCCGAGGUGCUGUAUGUGCCCCAGACAAGGGAGAGGUUCACAGCCUCGUCCUUUAUGUCCAGGGAGCGUUUCAGUCGCUUCCAGCCCACCUGCCACUACCUGACCCGCGACCUCCAUCUUCCCCCCACCAUCUCCCUGUCUGACGGAGAGGAGCCCCCGCCCUACCAGGGUCCCUGUACCUUACAGCUGAGGGACCCGGAGCAGCAGUUAGAGUUGAACAGAGAGUCGGUCAGGGCCCCUCCCAACAGAACCAUCUUUCACAGCGACGCGAUAGACGUGCACGGUGGAGGGGCUGGAGGGCCGAGGCCACCCAGCAGUAACUCUGGUAUCAGCGUAGCCAAUAGCAGCAGCAGCCACGGACGCAUGGAACACCCGCCUCCGGCGUAUUGCGAGGUGAUUGGUCAGCACUACCCUGGCUUCUUUCACCACCCGCACAGCGAUAACACACUCGGGACCUGGACCGGGGGCGGGACCAGCCUGCAGGGCCAAUCGGAAAGCACAAUACCUGCCAAGGGCAGGAAAGGGGAGGAGCUGAGGUGAGAUGGAGGAGGGACUAUGCUGUCGGAGACUCCUCCCCCCUGUAAAGGACAAUCUCUUGAUGGACCGACACUCCCAGGAUGCACAACUAAACACAACAUUACCAACCUGCACAACUAAACACAACAUUAUCAACCUGCUACAACAUUAUCAACCUAUACAACUAAACACAACAUUAUCAACCUGCUACAACAUUAUCAACCUGUACAACUAAACACAACAUUAUCAACCUGCUACAACUAAACACAACAUUAUCAACCUGCUACAACAUUAUCAACCUGUACAACUAAACACAACAUUACCAACCUGCUACAACUAAACACAACAUUAUCAACCUGCUACAACUAAACACAACAUUAUCAACCUGCUACAACUCAACACAACAUUACUAACCUGCUACAACUCAACACAACAUUAUCAACCUGCUACAACAUUAUCAACCUGCUACAACUCAACACAACAUUACCAACCUGCUACAACAUUACCAACCUGU